AAAAAUAGAAAGGUUUAUUUUGUGUUUUUAAAACAACUUCUUGAAUUUUUCAACAUGGGAAAAUCAAAUAAACACGAGAAUAAAUCAAAGAAAAAACACAAGCACAAAGAACGCAAGGAGAAAAAGAAAAAAUCAAAAAAAUUAAAAAAACAUUCAAAAGAGAAAAAGGAUAAGGAAAAGAAAACCGAUGAAGAAAAACUCGCCGACGUUGCUGUAGAUGAUAAGUCCAAUGACGAUUUUGCCAUACCAGUUGAACUAAUGAAUAGUAAAUCACAUGCUCCAGAAACUCCGGAGGAAUACCAACAGCGUCAAAAUCGUAUACGAAGAGAAAUUGAUCCAGUUACGGGUCGGCCCAGAUUAAUAAAAGGCGAUGGUGAAAUUCUGGAGGAAAUUGUGACAAAGGAACGACAUAAGACCAUAAAUAAGGAAGCUACAAAGGGUGAUGGUGAAUUUUUCCAGGAAAAUACAUUGGCUAAACUGUAUUGAUUGUGGAAAAUUAUUAUUUCCCUCAAUUUAAUUAUUUUAAAUAUACCUAUUAAGGUAUUCAAAAUACUUUACGAAAAUAUUGAUUAACCAAAAGAAAUAGCUGUUUCCCACUUAGUUAAAAUUUAUGGUUUCUCUAACACUUAUAAUAUAAGUUUAUUAAUUCUGAAUAAAACUUCAAAAUCUGA